AUGUCCUCAUUAGCAGAGUACCUCGCCAAAAACUACCUCACCGCAGACCCCGGCACAGAACGCCCCAAAAAGAAACGCAAGAAGACCAAAGUCACCGCAACCGAAUCAUCAGGACUCAUAAUCGCAGACGACGACCCGCCCGAUCUCCAAAGCUCGGCGAACGACUUCGGCAGGAACGCAGACGAGGAAAGCCCCUUUGUCGUUGCAUCUACCCGCAGCGCGGAAUUUCGACGCACGAAGAAAUCAAACUGGAAGACUGUCGGUGGGUCGGCAGCAGAGCAGGACGCGGCGGAUGCUAUCAUCGCGUCCGCAGCGGCAGAGAAUGCAGCGAGAAGAGGAGAAAAUGAAGGCGAAGACGCGCCUGCCAUAGUAGACGGAGGAGGUGCAGGUGAGCAUGACUACGAUGGACCGCGAAUGGAAUCCGGCGCCCGAGCCGGUCUCCAAACGGCCGAACAAACCGCCGCGAUGGUCGCAGCACAAGAACGAGCCCGGAAAGCCGAAGCAGCGAAAUACAAAUCCUCCGCGCAGGGAGCGCUGGCGCAGGAGACGAUCUACCGUGACGCGUCGGGACGGAUAAUCAACGUCGCCAUGAAAAGGGCCGAGGCGCGACGCGCAGAACAGGAGAAGCAGGAGAAGGAAGAGCGGGCACGCGAAGCCCUCAUGGGCGAUGUACAGCGGCGGCAGCGCGAGGAGCGGAAACAGCAGCUACAGGAAGCGAAGGCCAUGCCGUUGGCGCGGACGAUCGAGGACGAGGAGCUGAAUGAGGAACUCAGGAGUCGGCAGCGGUGGAAUGAUCCGGCUGCCCAGUUCCUGACGCGUUCCACGGGCCCUGGGGUGAGUGCGACGGGGAAGCCGUUGUAUCAGGGGUCGUUUGCGCCGAAUCGGUACGGCAUUCGGCCGGGACAUCGGUGGGAUGGGGUUGAUCGGAGUAAUGGGUUUGAGAAGGAGUGGUUUGCGUCGAGGAAUCGGAAGGGGAGGUUGGAGGCGUUGGAUUACCAGUGGCAGAUGGAUGAGUAG